UCUUUGGCAGUGUCUUAGCUGGUUGUUGUGAGCAAUAGUCAAGGAAGCAAUCAGCAAGUAUACUGCCCUAGAAGUGCUGCACAUUGUUGGGCCUGCCUCACCUCCCUGGCUCGAGCUGGAUGGGGAUCCAGGCUGGGAAGCUGCCCAGGUGUUGUGUGUGGAGCUGGAGCUGGGGGUGCUGAGGGAGCAGAAGGCUGGUGUGAGAAGUGCCACGGGAUGUUCCAUGUCAGAGGAGACAAAGAUGAACACACUGCAAGUUUUUCUUCUUUCUUUGUCCUUCCCCCGUGCCUGUCCCUGAGUGUCAAAUGUGUCAAAUGCCAGCUGUGGUUGGUAAUGCUGCAAAAUGCAGCACUAGGUGCUGGGGGAGCAGGAAGAAUCAUCCCAGCACUGGGAGAAGGGAAAGGCCUUGCCUAAAUCUUGUUUAACUUUUCAGUAAUCACACAGAGGAUAAGAGCUUACAUUUAUUUCAUUUAGACCAACCAAGCUGCUUUUGCCUUGUCCCUGUCUCUCUCACUAUGACCAUCAGUUCCUGGCUUUUUGUGGGAAGAAACAGGGUGGGUUGUCCCUGGUAGAUGGCCAUGAAGAUCACUGCAGGAACUGCCACCGUGUAUUAUGUGGAAAUGCCCUUUCUGGUGCCCUUUCCCAGCUUGACUCUGCCCUGUACUUGAGUCUGAGCUGGGUGUUGGCUGAUUGGGACUGAUGCAAUGACUGGAAUGUGGUUGGGGUGACAAACACGUGGGGUUUGAACCUGUCUCACUGUGUGACUGCUGAGCAACUUCCUCUGUGUUAAUAAAGACAGGAGGUUUGAAUUCCAAGUUACAAGAGAAUGUUCUGCUCUCUGAGUUUCCUGCACAGAGCUGGGCAAAGGAUGAGAAGUGUUUUAAAAUCCCUUUUUGGAGUCAUGUUUAGAUUUUGGACUGUAGGUUUACUACAGCUGUGUUAUUUAUUAUAUUUAUAAAUUAUUAUUUCCCUCCAGUAAAAUUGUCUGUUUGCUGGUUUUCUUUCCACCUGUUCCAAGUAACUUGUGUGAAAUACCUUGAGUGAGGUUUUGAGCUCAGCAGCCAAGGAAAGCUGAUCUGCAUCCUGACUCCCUCCUUGGGGCUCUCAUUAUUAGCUUUUAUAUUCCUGUCUCAUCCGUGUUAAAACCACAGGCUGGAGGCAGCCCUCUCUGCUGCAAAGUGUGCACCUCCAGGUCAAUUUACAGGAAAAACUGCACCCCAGAAAUCCUACAGUUGGGCCUAUUUUCUGACUAUCAAUUAUAUUAUUUUUACUAUAAAUAAUGACAGUGGUAGGAAAUUAGCAUUGAGGGGUUGCCAUGAAGUUCACUGCAGAGACAGGCCCUUUGUAUUCCGUGUAAAUCCCCUUUCUAGUGCCCUUUCCACGCUUGGGUCUGACCUGGGUGGCCUCACAACCAGCUCUGAAAUGCAAUAUCUUUUGCUUGUUCAUGGCGUGCCCUGUUUCAUUAUGAAUGCACAAUAUCAACACCUUUAUUUUUCUCCACACAGCCCCAGCAUGAAGGAAUAUCCCUUGUUAAUCCCCUCAUUUAAAUUUGAAAUUAAAACCUAUCACAACACUUGGAGCAUCCUUUAAUUCCUUGAUUGUCACUGGCUUCGUUCCAGCACUGUAACUAAUUACAUUCUGCCUGCAAAAAAAUCUCAUUGCUGGUGGCUUUGACUUUUUUUUUUGCCCUUUUUUUUUUUUUUUUUUUUUGAGAGCUGCUGGCUUGAAUUCUUGUGCCAUCUCUGCAGCCUGACUACACAUUUUUAUGCUAAUGGAACUGUUUCAAAUGACUAAGCAUCUCUGCUUGCUGGAGGGAUGCAGUGUGGUGCUCUGCAGCAGGGGAUGAGGGUGUCCUGCUUCAGCAGUUGUGUGCAAACACUCUGCUCUGGGGUUUGCUGGAGGUGGAAAAGGAAAGCCUGGAGUAAAUCCCAAGUCAUCCUGAUCCAGCAGGUUUUUACAGGGUCUCCUUUGCCUCGGGGCCACUCCUCUGUCCUCACGCUGAGCCUGCCAAGAGUUGAAAAUGCGUCACUCCACCAACAGUUGUGUUGGGUGGGUCUGGUUCAAGGGGAUUGUUUCAGGCCCUAAGGAAUCCCAAAGAGCCAGGCUGGAGCAGCAGUUAACAUGCCACAGUUUGUACCCAGGCCCUGGAAGCAGCUUGGAGGGCACAGCCCUGUCACUGCUGCACAGCAGAGGGGUGGGAAGCAGGAGGAAGGAGGGGAUUAACCUGCAAGUAGCAGCAGUGGAGAAAGUCAGGGUGUUUGGUCUUGCAUGACCAGGAUAAAGUAGGAAUUCACCCAGCAUUUGCUAAUUCCAGAGGACUUGGAAUGAACUAAAACUAAUCUUAGUUAAACUUAUUUUCAGCUGUUGCAGUGACAUGAGGGCAUCUUGGGUGGUACUUUGGGUUUUUUUGUGUGACCCCCAUCUGGUCCCUGGGGGAGAGUGGGAGCUGUUGGUGUUGAGAUUGGAUGUGGUGUCUGCACCUUUUUGACUGAUUUGUUGCUUGGCAUUCUUAUUGACAUGUAGGAAAUAUUUCCUUGUGGUUUGGAUUUUUUUCAUUUGACCCUUCUAAAUCUGUGUGAGGAGGGUUGUUUUCUGGAGGGGGGCAGGUAAUGAGAGACUGUUAUGAAGAUUCUGAGUGAUCACUCUGGAAUUUUCUGAGCAGCCCUCGAUGUCUUUCAGCAGUGCUGUAUCAAAAGCUGGCUGUGUUAGUGCCUGGCCAAAAAUGGAACAGAUGGGGUUAAUGAAGUCAAGGAUUAGGUCCCUAAUCUGUGCCAGGACUGCUAGAAAUGUAGGGGGUUUUUUUUGUUUUUUUUUUUAUGUCACAUGCUAGAAAAAGCAACAAAGGACAAGCAUGAGGAUUUUCACCUCUCUCAGAAGCCUUCUCUUAACUAUGCUCCCCUGGCUUUCCUUUCAGCUGAUGCAGUGAACCCAAGGAUCAGGUGAUGCCUUAGAAAAAAUGGUCCCAUUCUCCUGGAAGUGAAGAGCUCAGGUGCUGGUAAAACUGUUGGCUGGCUUUCUGUUGUUUUUAUUUUAUUUUUUAAACUGUUUUACAGUUCCAGAGUUAGGUUUCUCUUUCCAGAGACUCAGGUGUAACUCUUGGCCAGGUGUUCUGCCUGGGGUCUGUGGCAGGGGAAGGUUGGGCAGGGUGCAUUUAAUUUGGCAUUCCUGUCAGGGGGUGGGAGUUGGGUGUCUGAUUGCUCCCAGACUGAGCCCUGAGAAGCUGAUGGGUAUAAGAAACAGCUGUAUUGGAUUCCUGGGUUGGAAUUUAGCUUCAUGGUGGUUUGAAAACUAAAGCAUUAAAGAGUUCUGGUUAUUUCAAUACUCAUCUACUUUUUGUUUGUUUGUUUGUUUGUGUGUGCCAUGAAAUUGGACUCAACCUUUUUUUUUCCAGGCUCCUUCUUGAAAUCACUGUCUAAGCUGUGGGCAGGGGUGGGAAAAGGUGGCCAAGGUUCAUCUGCCUUUAUGAAGAGCUUGUUAGAUCAGGACAGUGAUGAUGGGAGAAAACACUCCUGCCUGGACCAGCAGUGACCUCUUGUGGGUGCAGAGGCUGCUGGGGGUGCUGGGAGCUGGCACUUGCAGGCAGAGGGUGUUAAUUCUCUCUGUGGCCUUAAGGUGGACGUGGUGAAGGGAACUCGGGUUCCCUUGGCUGAAACGUCAGAAACAAACAGCUCUAAGUGGUGCAAAGUCUCUUUUCUUCCUCACACGUGUGUGCUCUGGACUGGGAUGUGAAAUGGUGACUUGAUGGUUCAGGAGGAGCUCAGGCUCCUCUCCCUGGUGGACCCUGAGCUGGCCUUUGAGCAGAUCAGGGGAGUAAACCAGAGCAAGAGCAGAACUCCUGUGCUCAUGUGCUUUUUCUUGGAGUGUCUUUGUCUCUGAUGAAAAGCUGCCUCACUGACCUGGCCCUAAAUCCAGAUUUCACAGUGCUGUAAAGCAGGCCUUUGUCUGGGAUAUGCAGAGGUGCUGGGGGGGUCUCAGCUCCUAAUAAUCACCUAAAAGUCCUAAGGCAUAUGACCAGGUUCCUAGUUAAUGGAGAACUGUCUCAGCCCAGCUUCCUACCAGCUGCAGGGGCACAGCAAAAACUUCUUGUUGAAGCCAGUUUGUAAAAAAAAAAAAAAAAAAAAAUUUAAAGGUUAUGAUGUCAGUACUUUCUGUCUCCCAGUGGAGGUAAAUUUCUGCAGCUACAGCUCAACCAGUGCUGUGUAAGAUGCAGAGUGUAGCCUGUGUGUCAGAUAGCUCUUUUAGUGGUUGGUGAGAGGAAUUCAAGUCAGGAAAAAAAAAAGAUUUUUUGUCUUUUCACCAAACACCACGUUGCUUCAUCUCCCUGUGCCUUAAAAAGCCUCUGAAAGAGAGGCUCUCAUAGGAGAUUUUUCAUUGUGUCUAAGCCACUUGCUUAGAGUUUUUUGUUUUUUUUUUACUUCUGAGCUACAGACAACGCUGCCUUUGAAUUGACAUGUAUCUUUGGGCAGUUUCCAAAUAUUUCUGUUCUCUGGACAACUGCAGAUUCCUUGGGAGCGAAGGUAGGAAUGUGUAUUUUGGGCAGAGACAGCUGCACUGCUCCCCUGCAGCUGGAAGGUAACAACCUCAAAAUGCCAGGAAUGCCACGGAGGUGCUGGAUGUCUUGGCUGUGGAGAUAUCAAGAAAAUGAAAGGUGGUGGGAAUCCUUAGUAAGAAGUUAUUUGCCUUUUAUUCCUCAGUUUUAAAGCACAAGCUCUUUGUCUGUGCCCUGCUCUGGAGUGGUGACUUCUGUGUGUAAACUUGCCAUAUUCCUAUUUUAGAGACCCAGCAGAAAAUCCUCUGCCCUUAUCCUAUUUCUGACUGCUAAAACAAAGAUACAUUUGUUUGUUCCUGCAGCAUAUGAUGACCUGACAAACUGCUUUUUUAAAAAAGUGGGGAGAAGGGAAUAUCUGAAUUCCAGCCACACAGUUAGGGAAAUGCAAAUUCUGGGUUUAUUUUGAUUUCGCUGUCUGGCAAGGCCUAAUUAACACCCAGAAAUAAAAGCAACACUCCAAAGCCCCAGGGUGUUUGAUGCUGUGGUUUGUCUGGAUGUUUGUGAUAGUUAGGGGAGUGUCUUGUGCUACAAAAGUGGGGAAAGGGGAAACCAAACAAGGAGGAAGAAGACAAGAAUGUGUAAGAGCAACAAGUGGGAGUGCAGCCUUGACAGAGCUUUGUCUUGGGGUUUUUUGGGGUGGGUCAGAUGGUAGCUAAAGAAAGGCUGGAAUAAUGAUAAGUUAAGAAAAGCUAUUAGUGUCAAAUUGUGUCCAGGUCAAAAGAAGUGAUUUAAAAUGUUGAGAACUCUCUCUCUCAAUUUGGAAGAUGGGAACGUAGAACUGAAAGGACACCGUGGCCAAAAGUGACAUGAAAACUUGAAAUCAUUUGUGGUUUUUUUAAGGUGUUUCCAUCAGGUGUGUUGUCUGGGGUGUGUUAGGUGGCUGCAGGGUGCUGGGGGAAGCUUGGGUGGGGACACCUGGUUCUACAGGUCCGAAUAAACCUUGUUAAAACCUGAGUUCAGCAGGGAUCCUUCAUGGCUGGGAAAUGAUUAAACUGUUCGGGAGAACAAGACACCUGAAACAGCAACGCCCUUUGAAAAUGGAGCACAUUUACAUCAAAGGUGUAAAGUAUGAGUUGUCUUGUGUGGAAGCCGGUGAAGGAUCAGGCAAACAAGGACAUGCUUUCAACCCGUGAGUUCUUUGAAGGAGAGGCGGGGUGGGGGAAAGCUCUUUCUUAUCGACAGAGCUGUAAAAUCCGUUUAACACGGGGAAUGAACGCUCUGUUGUGUCUCUCCUGAGGCUUUUCAGCUCCGCGGGUUGCAGGAUGCUGCGAAUCAGUGCUGGAAUGUGGGAGGUGAAGGUAACACCGGUGUCACCUGGCCAGGGUGAGGGACCGGUGGUGUGUGUUGCUGGUCCGAUAAACCUUUCUUCUGGGCAUGGGAACGUGUUCCAGUGUGCCCUCGAGUGUACAUAUACAUGUGCAAACACCGAUAGAGGUGGCUCGGAAGGGACAGGCGAGCUGUGCGCUGUCCUGGGGGGAAGAAGGUCCCGACAGUAAAAGUGUGGAGUCAACAGUGAAAAUGAGGAGACGACAGCAGAGCGGGCGUUUAUUUCUGUCGCGUCCUGUCGCGGCGGGGUUUUCCCGGUUCGAAGGACGGAGGUGUUUUCUGCGCCGCGGGGCCGCAGCCGCUCCGCUCGCAGCGCGGCUCCCGGGGCCGCUCCCUGGGGAUUCCCUCGGGAUCCAGAGGGGGAGCGGGGGGGCCGGGCCGGGCUCACAUGACAGCGGGGGCGGGUCGGGCCCCGCCGCUGCCGAGCCGGUCCCGGCUCCUGCCGCUCCUGCCCUCCCCAUCCCAUCCCAUCCUCUCCCGUCCCGUCCCGGCGCUCCCGCGGAGCGCUCCGGUCCCGCCGCGGCUCCUCCAUCCCCCGCCGCUGCCGGGACCGCUGCCAUGCCCGCCCCGCUGCCCCCGACGGAGCUGCUGGGCUCGGAGCGGGCCGUGGUGCUCGUGUCCUGUGUCCUGUCCUGCGUGGGCUCCUCGCUCCUGCUCUGCUCCCACGCGCUGUGGCCGGAGCUGCGGACGCGGCCGCGGCAGCUCCUGCUGUACCUGUCGCUGGCCGACCUGCUCUCGGCGCUCUCCUACUUCUACGGGGUGCUGCAGGACUUCGACAGGACCUCCUGGGACUGCGUCCUGCAGGGCGCCCUGUCCACCUUCGCCAACACCAGCUCCUUCUUCUGGACCAUGGCCAUCGCCCUCUACCUCUACCUCACCAUCGUCAGGGGCUCGCCCACGGGCACGGGCUUGCUGUGCUGCUUCCACGCCGUGAGCUGGGGUGUCCCCCUUGCCAUCACGGUGGCUGCUGUUGCCCUGAAGAAGAUUGGCUACGAUGCCUCCAACGUUUCUGUGGGCUGGUGCUGGGUCAACCUGGAUGCCGAGGAUCGUGUCCUGUGGAUGCUGCUGACGGGGAAGGUUUGGGAGAUCCUGGCCUACGUGACCCUGCCAGUGCUCUACAUCCUCAUCAAGAAGCACAUCAGCAGAGCACACGCAGCUCUCUCAGAGUACCGCCCCAUCCUCUCAGGGGCACCUGCAUUCCAGCCCCGGGCUUCCAUAGCGGACAAGAAGCUGGUUCUCAUCCCUGUCAUCUUCAUCUUCCUCCGCAUCUGGAGCACUGUGAGGUUCAUCCUGACCCUCUGCAACUCCCCUGCCGUGCAAAACUCAGUCCUGGUUGUCCUGCAUGGAAUUGGUAACACGUUCCAGGGAGGUGCCAACUGCAUCAUGUUUGUGCUCUGCACUCGGGUGGUCCGGGCUCGGCUGCUUUCCUUCAUCUGCUGCUGCAAACACGACGAGCUGGACUGGCCUUGGCAGAGAUCAAACAGCUCCUGGCAGCGCCCAGAACCCCACAAGGAUGUGCCAGGCCCUGAGCAGACAAAGCCACUGCUUUCCAGCACCUGAGCUGCCUCCACCUCGGUGUCGAGUCCUCCUUUCAUGGUGUGGGAUCACCCCGGAGUCCCACAGAGGGAGCUAAAGCCCUGGGGAAGGCGCCGCUGGAGAGGCUGAGCAGACGGAAAAGGUCCCAAUCCUCCUUGCACUCACGUACCAAAGGCUUCGGUCUUCGACUUUGCUUAGGAUCCUCUGGAAGGGACUGUGUGACUGUACUCCAGUUUCCUGGUUUUCUCCCCUUCUUCCCCUCACCCUCCACUGUAAAUCUUAAAAAUCGGUUUGGGGUUUUGCUUUUCUGCCUGACGAGGCGAACCGGGCGGUGAGUUCUGAGGUGAGCGAAUAUCACGAGGACAGGAAAACUUCAGUAGCUGCUGAAUGGGACUGUGCUGGGCAUGGAUUUCAGUCCUAGUGUGUGAAUCUUCCUGGGAGCUCCAGGCUGGCUCCUGUUCUUCACUGGAACACGGACAACACAACAAUGUGCAAACAAACGUGUUUGUUUGGUUGGUGGUGGUGGUUGAGGGUUCCUCUGCAUGGUUUAUUCCUCAUCCAGGUACUCAGGGGUGUUCCCCAGAGCCUCCAGCAAGGACAGCCCUCCCAGCAGUGCCUGGCCAGUGCCCUGAGCUCCAGAGGUUCUGUGCUGAAGGCUGCAGUCCGUUCCUGCUUUGGGAGAGUUGCAUCAGACGUGGGGAGGGGACAGGGUUUUGUUUGCUACUUGCAGAUAAUGGUUUACCUUAUUUACGGCUCCUCAUUUGCCUGAGUUUAAAGUAUUUCUCCGACCUGUAGAAAAUAAAGUUUUGUUUCUUUACCAGGA